CUCUGCUGUAGACAGUACCGGCACUAAUAGAAAGACACUGGGGCUGAUCUAGCCUUGCAUACGUCUGUGACAGACAACCAGAACCGAGAAGCAGCUCCUGAAAUCCUAGUCACAACACCUUACAAAAAUAAUAAGAUAAACACAGCAUUUUGAUGAUUUUGCAAAUACCGUGAAAAUGUAACAGCUCUUGCAAGGUAGUAGAAUGAAGUUUAGAACGCCUCUAAACUUUCUCACUUGCUCUUUUAUAGUUCAGUAAUAGUAUUGCUGUGUGGCGUGUGGUGUGCGCUAGUUCUGUACUGUGAGCUCUCUAUACCCCCUAGGCGCGGCGCGGGCGCAGUUAAUACCCACUGCGGUCUGGCAAUUCAGGAACAUGAUCAUCUGCGUAAUGCCCUCCAGCUGGCCCCUCCUUGACUACAACAACUACGGCUGCUACUGCGGGCUGGGGGGCUCCGGGACCCCUGUGGAUGAGCUGGACAGGUGCUGCCAGGUCCACGACAACUGUUACAGCGAGGCUCUGAAGCACAAGGACUGCUGGCCGAUAUUCGACAACCCGUACACCGAGAUCUACUCCUACACCUGCAGAGACGCCACUGUCACCUGCAGCCCCAAGAACAACCCCUGUGAAGCCUUCAUCUGUGAGUGCGACAGGCAGGCGGCCAUGUGCUUCUCCAGAGCCGAGUACAAUGAGCAGAACCAUGGGAUUCCCAGCAGGCUGUGCAAGGACUGAAUAGAGCCGGCCGACAGCCUUUAAUAAAGCAAGGAAUGAUUCCCUGAACCAGCUGUGCCUGACGUCUCUUAUUGAACCGAUCUCUGUCUCUCGCUCUCUCAUGAAAUAAACAGAAUGAUAUUUGUGAGUCGGGCUCGUCUCCUGUGUGUCACUGGCCCUGUGGCAGAAAACUCUGCAGCUAUUAUUGCU